UGGCCGUGCCGCGGGCUUCGAGCUCCGGCGCGGUUGUGCGGACCGGAACCCGCCGACAGUUACGUUGUCCGCCCACCCAGCCCAUUUUGGAGAGGGCGCGGCAGCAGGUGGAGGCAGGGCCCUGCCAGGAAGAUGGCGUACUAUGGAAAAUGCAUUGAGAUUGUGAUAGAGCAACUAGGUAAAUUCAAGUCUGAGAAGAACAGUCCUGAGCAGUUUCUGGAGGCGGCGUCCACUUCCUUGAAGCAGACCCUGAGCCCUCAAAAGCAUGCCUUUGUUUUGGAAGUUCUCUCUGGCUGCCUCGAGUAUGAGAAGUUACUGACCAUUGUGGUGGAUGCCUUCUAUGUGCGGGAUGGCCAGCUCUGCCUGUGGGCCGACUACAGCCUCUUUGAGGUGAUCUGCUACCUGGCCAUGUUCCAGCUGGACGAGCUUGGCUUCCAGCUCUUCCGCAGUAUCAUCAAGUCCCAGUCUGUGGGCAAGACGUGCAAGUUCCUCAGGUUCUUAUUCAGCCCCAUGAACCUGUGUUCAUGGAUCAAGGAUGAGUGGAGCCUUGUCUACGAGACAGCCCAUGUGAAGGAGAGCUGGAUCGAUCCUCUGAUGAGAUGGCAGCCAGAGGUCCAGGAGCUGAUCAACCAACUGGAAGGAGCACCACUUGAUCAAACCCCUCUCUCAAAGACCAAGGCCAAGGUCACAGAGCCCAAGGAAUUCAAUUUGACCAUCCCCAAGCCUCGUGCCAUUCCAAUGCCUGAGAUUAUUCCCACUGUGGCCAAGCCAAGAUCUGUCCCUCAGAGCACCUACCAGGAGCCCAUGGAACAGCAGCUGCUACAGAUGGUCAAGAGAUACAACCGCAGGAAGGCUGAGGAGCUGCUGCUGAAAGCCAACAUGGAGGAGCUUCGCUGUGCCAUGCCCAGGUCUCAGAGGGAGCCGGCCACACAGGACUGUAAGAAGCAGCUGCAGGUGCAGUCCACACCCCAUAUCCACAGGACUCCAAAGCUGACCUUCUACAGGGCUAACAACUGCCCAGUGAAGCUGAACACAGCCACCAUCCUUCGAGAAGGGGCCUUAUACCAGCAGCAGGUGGAAAAGGAGCUGCAGAGGGUUGAUAGGCUCCUGGAUGGAGCUGGGGAAUUCUCUGAGUUCCUGGAAUGGCAGAAGAAGAUGCAGGCAAAGGACCGGGAGGAGCGGCUGGCUGCAGAAGAGUGCCGGCGGCUGCAGGGAAAGCUGAGCCACGAGGAGGCCAUCCUGGCCCGGCAGAACCUCAUGCAGGAAAACAAGCAGAAGGCCAACCAGAAGAAGGAGGAGACAGCUGAGCGGAUGCUGCAGUGUGCACAGAGGCGCCUCCAUGAGGACAAGUGCAUGAAAGAGCUGGUGGGGCAGGUCACAGAGGCACAGAACAAUGUCAAGGUGGCACAGAUGAAGCUCAUGAAGGGACGACGGCAGAGAGUUCAGGAGGUGAUAGAGGAGAGCCGGGAAUUACUUCAGCGCAGCUCGGAGGCAGCCAAGGAGGAGCAGAGGCGACGCUGUGAGCUCAUCACCCAGCUGCGGGCCCUGGAGACACAGCCGACUCGCAAGGACAAGUUGGUGGACCUGACCCAGAUUCCAGGAUAUGGCCUGGAAGGGGAGAUGUCUGUUGUGGAACUUCGAGAACGGCUGGCCUUGCUCAAAGAGACCCAGAAACGUGAGGAGGAGGAGAAGCGCGAUCAGAUCAUCCAGGGCAAACGUGCCAAAAGCCAAGAGUUACAGAACACCAUGGAGCAGAUCUCACUGUGCAGGGCCGCCAUGGGGCGAACAGGCGCCUUGAGGUGGGAGGAGAAGGCCCGGGCGGCGGCCCCGGAGUCGGCCUCGAGUCACCAGCGUGUGCAGCAGCUGCAGCGCAGGAUCGAGGAGAGGGCAGCCGAGCGCCGCAGGCGGGCCGAGCAGCUGCAGGUGUCCGCGCCACCCGCCGUGCGGCCCCCAAGCCGGGCGCAGGUGGAGCCGCAGCACUGGCUGGAGCUGGAGCAGAGCCGCGAGCGCAAGCUGCAGGCGCAGCAGAGGGCGAACCCGGCCUGCCAGGCGAGCCGCGGCCUGGGGGCCUCCUGAACCCCCCCCCGCUUCUUCUCCCCUUCCCCCCCCCCCCCCCCGCCAGGGGCGCUCUUCCGGUCCCCCGCCACC